GACGAGAGUAAGUUAGUAGGCAGGCCACCACUCAGCACCACUGCCACUCAGCCGCAAGGCAGCACCCGUGAAACCGUAUUCGAGUGUGGUCGUCGUCGUUAAUUUCGUCGUCUAGCCCCCGUACACGCUUACACCGCGCACGCGGUCACACUCGUCAGUUGGCUGUAGCCAGGACGCGCAACGUUCGCACGCGUGCGCUAGUCCGGUCGCGGUUUUUGCUGUGAAAAUAAUAAUUUUUUUUUAGCUUUUCGUUUUUACUCCCUCUCUUUUUCUCGCCGUUUUGUAGUUCCCGCAAUCACGCGACUGCAACAAUCACAAUCAUAAUAAUAAUUUACGAACUGCGAAUAAUAAUAACAACAAACAAUUGCUGCGCGCAAUGAGUUCCGUCGGGAAACCGUCCGAGCAGUCGUUUUAUUUACACCGCCGGCGUGCCGCCUCCAUCAUCGCGCGAACGGUUUCCUUCGAGUUAGGACACAACGAGUGAACGAUACUGUCGUCGCCACCACCACCACCACCACCACCAACAACAACAACAAAAGUCACAUGGUUCUCACGCCACUACCGCCGUCGUCAAGCAGCAGUUAACACUUAACACGCGGUCCAGUGUCAUCCGUUUCCUAUUGUCUUCACAAAAAUAUUCACGAUGGAUGGCAAAAUCAAGAAACUCUACAAAAUCGUAUUGACCGGCGGCCCUUGUGGUGGCAAGACAACGGGACAGUCACGAUUAUGUACAUUCUUUGAGAAUUUAGGAUGGAAGGUUUAUAGAGUUCCAGAGGCUGCCAAUGUUUUAUUAAGUGGUGGUAUCAAAUUUUCGGAAUUAAGUGACGAUGAAGCCCAUAAAUUUCAAGAGAACCUUCUUAGAUGUAUGUUACAAAUAGAAAACACGUUUUUUGAACUGGGCGAAUCAUGCGACCAAGACUGUCUAAUCAUUUGUGACAGAGGUGCUAUGGAUGCUGCCGCGUAUAUACCUAGUAAUAAAUGGGAUCUGAUAAUGAAAGAAAAUGGUUUGAACAUGGUUGACUUGAGAGACAAUCGUUACAAUCAAAUAAUUCACAUGGUUUCUGCUGCAUGCGGGGCUGAAGACUUUUAUACAACUGAGGAUCAUACGAGUAGGAGAGAGGAUGUUUCUCUUGCUAAAAGUCUAGAUGUCAAAGCUUCAGCAUCAUGGAUCGGGCAUCCAUACUUUGAUGUCAUUGAUAAUUCGUCAGAUUUUGAAAAUAAAAUUUGCAGAAUGAUAGCUGCUGUUUGUCAGAAAUUGGGCCUAGACACUGGUGAUAGAUUAGCAACUAACUCGAAAAAACGUAAAUGGUUAGUGAAAUAUCUACCCAAUGAUCAGUUGUUUCCUCCAUUUCAAGAUUUUGAUGUUGUACAUAAUUACUUGCAGACAUAUACUAAAAAUAUGCAAGCUCGUUUACGAAAACGAGGACAAAAAGGCCAUUGGAAUUAUACACAUACGAUUCGCAGGCCUAGAGUUCGUGGUCAAGUAAUAGAAGUGAAAACGCAGCUCAGUCACAGAGACUAUGUGAAUCUGUUGUCACAAAAAGAUGAAACCCACUAUCCAAUUUAUAAAAAAAGGCGAUGUUUUAUACACUACAAUCAGUAUUUCCAGCUGGACAUUUAUUGUAAACCUUGUCAUAAAAGGUGUGAAGGGUUAGUGUUACUUGAGACGUAUUCUGCUCUUGAGGACCAAGAGCUGCUUGAUCGUUUACCAAAAUUCCUAGAUAUUGAAUCUGAGGUCACUGGUAACGCAGCUUAUUCCAUGUUUAACUUGUCACUUGUUGAAGAUUGGGACAAGUCAAAAAAUUUUUGUCACUACUUGAAAGGUAAUUUUAAUUUACCUAGUGGUUUUUAGGAGUAAUAUUUAGUUAUUGUAGGGCCAGAUGAAGAUCUGAGUGUAGGUGAUCAUAAAACCAACCAAGUUAGUUACAUUCAUACAAACGGAAAACUAAGGAAAUAGUGACUUUGCUUUUACAUUUUUAAUAUAGUAUUACAAUUUUGUUUUUAGAUGUUUAUCAUUGUAUAAUAUUCAUUUUUUUUUUACGUUUUGUUAAGUAGUAUACAAAAUUGUUAUCAAUAGAUUGUUAAGUUACUAAUCUAGGUACUUUAUGUAGUUUGUAACAUAAACUACUCAUACUUACGUUUAUGCAUUAUUUUUCUUUAUAUUUGCUAUUGUUUUUUUCUUUAUUAUUAUAAUUCUUUUUUUUUUUUUUUUUGCAACCAGUACAUUAUAUUACAUUAUACUGUAGGUAGUAAGUUAUUUAUUUAUUAUUUUUUAGAUAUAUCUUAUAAUAUUAUUAUAAGAAACUAUUUUUAAAAUAUAUCUAAAACACAAACUGCUUA